GCAUUUUUUAAAUGUUUUACAAUAAAUUAAACACUCAAAAUCCAAAUCAAAGUUUUCUAUAAUAUGUGAAUUCAGGAUAUUGACUCGUAUAAUAUCUAUAUGAGUUUACCAAGGUACACCCAACGCAAAGUUUGAAGCAACACCAUGGACCAUUAUCUGACGACGUAUAGGAAGGACUACCUAUGGCCCAACUUGCCCGGGUCCACCUCAGGUCAUGGUGGCCAUGCAGGCGGUGGCGGAGGACUUACAGAUAUAUCAAAACUAUCAGGCGAAGAGUUGGCCUUCUACCAGGCAUGUAUGCAGCACAGUCGACCGUCGGACUGCAGAUGUCCACAGUAUUCUGGCGAAGAGAUGCCGCAACUUCCACCUGGAAAAGAAGGGGGGUGGAGCAGAAACGAGCUCAUGGGGCAAAUGUUGGAUCCGAAACUGUAUCCAGUCCGCGUGGGAGCGGCGCCCGAAGUUCCUACGUCGCGCUACGAUCAGCCGAACGCUUUCUUAGACAAGCUACAGUCCAAAUACCCGAUGUUGUACAGCAUCCUUCAGAACGAGGCAUCUCCUGAACUGAAGCAGAGGAUAGACCGGGACAGAAACAAGACCACUUACCAGGUGGAUUUCGGGGAAUCAGGCUCAGGCGCCAAAUUCCAAGACCUUCAAAGGGCAGCGGACGAGAGCGGCGUAGGGCCGUGCGCACAGCCGAUGCGUCUGCCCGGAGACCCCUGCAGAGUGGGCCCUAAACCCAGGAUGACAACCGCUAAGACCAUCUCCAAGCAGGGCGCUACCGCUGGUCAAGAUAGCAGACCUAAAUGCGAAACCACCUCAGCGACUCCGCCGUUGGGUAAAUCAGAAUACCAAGAUGGCGUGUCAAAACUCGGUGCCAUUAUUAUGAGAGACAAAAUACACAGAAGAUAAAGAUCUAACUAUAUUAAUGUUGAAG